AUGAUCGUCAGAGACUAUGUGUUUGAUGAGGAAGACCCGACGGCACUGCUGGGUCGUGGUACGUUCGGCUGCGUUUACCGGGGACAGCAUGCGGCGACGAGCGAAGCGGUGGCGGUGAAGAAGAUUCCAGCCAACGCGGCAAACUGCGACGAGCUAAACACGGUACGAAAGCUGUCGUGUGCGAACGUCGUGCACAUCAUCGACCUGGUGCUGCAAGACGGCUUCUACCACAUCAUCAUGGAGCUGUGCGACAGCGACCUGCAGACCAAUCUGAUCGGCACGCCGUUGUACAUGGCUCCCGAAAUCGGCGCCAGCAUCCUGAUGAACGUCGAGUACGACUUCAAGGUGGACAUGUGGUCGAUCGGAGUCGUACUGUACGAGUGCCUGGCAGGAAAGGUGCCGUUCAACGAAUCGGCUCUGUGCCGGCUGUUCCUGUUCGCUGCCAACCACAACUACGACGGCUUCCAAGGCCCCCCUCCGAUUCCCGGCGCGGUCGACUGGCAGACGUUCGUG